CUGCUAUAGUGACGGAUACAGCUGUAGAUGCUAUAAGAUGGCGGCGUUAUGUUAUACAGUAAAAUGUUGAGCGAACUAGCUGGAUAAUUAUAGUUACCUUGUUGUUAAAAACAACAACAACAACAACAACAACAUAAUAUUACAAUUUUUUUUCUCGCAUUUAUUCUGUUGAAGUGCACUGGGAGAAAAAAGGGGAGAAAUCAACCAUGUCGUUCAGAGAUCUAAGAAAUUUUACAGAGAUGAUGCGCGCGCUCGGCUACCCUCGACUGAUCUCCAUGGAGAACUUCCGGACGCCGAAUUUUCCUUUGGUCGCAGAGAUCCUCUUGUGGCUUGUCAAGAGGUACGAGCCACAGAUGGACAUCCCCAGUGACAUCGACACGGAGUCGGACCGAGUGUUCUUCAUCAAAGCCGUGGCUCAGUUUAUGGCGACAAAGGCUCAUAUCAAAAUGAACCUGAAGCGUCUGUACCAGGCGGACGGCUACGCGGUGAAAGAGAUGCUGAAGAUCACCAGCGUCCUCUACAACGCCAUGAAGACCAACGAGACGGGCGCUGACGAGCCCAGCUCCGACGACCCCAGCAGCAAAUUCAAAUUCAACCUGGCAUCCAAGAUAGCAGAUUUAAAGGCAGCGCGUGAGCUCGGCUCCGAGAUCACGGCAAAGGGGGCAUCGCUGUACGACCUCCUGGGGCGCGAGGAGGACCUGAGAGAGAGCAGGACUGCUGCCAUCGCUAGACCGCUGGAGAUCGCUGAGGUGGAACGAGCGCUCCGAGUGGCUGUGAAAGACGUCAUGGAGAAUGUGCAGAAGACCAAGGAGAUGUUGAAUAACGUGGCGUCCGACGAGGCAAGCCUGGACGCCAAAAUCGAGAAGAAAAAACAAGAGCUGGAGAGAAACCAAAAACGCUUACAGACACUUCAAAGUGUUCGGCCGGCGUUCAUGGAAGAGUACGAGAAGAUCGAGGAGGAGCUGCAAAAGCAGUACGAGACAUACGUGAAGAAAUUCCACAACCUCUGUUCCCUAGAGCAGCAGCUGGACGAGUACCACCAACUGGAGCAGGAGCGCUUUGAGGAAACGGAAAAUUCCAUGAAAAUGAUGCAAAUCAAGCUACGUGAGGAGGACAGGAGGCUCAUGACAAGUGGAGUGCGAGAGGAAGACUCCGACAUGGAGAUCCCAGAAGACGAAGGCUCGGACAGCGACAUCGAGGAAGGUCGACCGUCCAAACCGUUCCCCCUUCGCCAUGCGCAGAUACCGGGUCGAGCUGGUGGACGUCUCAUUGGCAACAUGCAGGGAGGCGACUCCGAUGAAUCGGACGACAGCGAGAUCGAUGUGGACGAUGACGACGAAGACGAGGGAAAUGAAGAUCUCGACGAAGAAAACGACAGUCUGGAAGGCUCCGCCUCCACGCACAACCGACCAACCAGAUCACUGCAACCUCAGAUCCUGGAGGAGAGUGACAAUGACUUCUAACUACUAUAGUCCAUCUUGCAGCUCGAGCGUGUGUGCGCGCGUGCUCUCAUCAGAUGUCCACCACACACUCUGGCGCGUCAGAUCGUAUGGCAUCCGAAACGACCUUCGCUCCUGACUCGCCAAUUCCGUUACCCUGAAGACUGAAAAGUUCACAAAUUUAAACAUGCAUGCAAAUGACUCCUCUCUUCUCUCUCACUCACACACACACACAAGUCUUGUGAUUUGCCUUCUAAUUAGUGACUAGACAUCAACAGGUAAAGUAGAACUCCAAAGGUCUACAGACAUCUUAUAAAAACACUCAAACAGCAGCUGAAUUCAGUCGAGGACUGGCAGCCUGCUCCACCGUUCAAACAGAACUAAACACAACAGCAUGAGUGUAACAAUGCUGAGGAACACUCGGUACUAGCGAGCGGUCCAAGUACGCUCCGUUCCCUCCGUUCGCUUUUCCUCGCGAGCUUGAUUUUCCUAACAAGGUCUCUUGAGACACAUAACAGUGCAGAACAUCUGCGUCGUGACUGGAAAUAAUGAAAUUCAUCCGAAAGCGGCUCCGCCCGCUUUCCGUUCUGCUGUUGUACAUGAUCCCAAAUGGAUAUCCCAGUUAUUCGCGCUUGGAUCCGUAACCGCCUGCUGUAAUCAUAACGACACCGGAUUCCGGCCACGGAUGUCGGUUUUAUUCCUGACGCCUUCGAUGAACCUCCCGGUAUUAAUAUUAAAACACCGGCUAAGAUUUACGGACUAUUCACGAGUACGAGCGAGUUUUAACGUUCAGUUCUAAACUGAAGCGCGUAACUCCUAGGCAGGUGCAGUAAACAAGCCUACUCUGUUUCCAGCCACCUCGCAGAAUUCCACUGUUUGUCAUGGGGCAGAUAAACGUAUGGGAUUAUAGGAUAAACUACAAAACCAGGCACCAUAUAAGGCACUUUGGUGAUGGAAAAUUUCUGAUCUCUGUUAACUAGUUACGACGUACCUUAUGUGGUUUGUUUUUAAUGAACGAUCGACUUUAGUCCUUGACUCCCGAUCCAGUUCUAGUUCCUCUACUGUAUGAAUUUUGAUAAUGAUGACAAUGAUAAUGAGUCUUUAUUGGG